CGUUCAUUCGCAUUGCAAGCGUCGAAGGGAGCGGACCGUACGUGCGUGCGUCGGUUUUACUUGAAGUUGCGUUCGCGCCUGUGCGUAAUCGAGUUUGUGCACGACGUCACUUUGGUCGGAAUUUUGAAACCAGCUCACCAGCCCGGUGACACUUGUACUCUGCAUUCGCCGUACGUACCGUCGGAUAAUAAGGAAGAACGUGUCGUGCCCGCAGACAGUGACCAGUUUGAUAAUUUGCUCAUCGUCACCAAGUCGCAAACAAAACAAGUGUGCGUGUGCGUGUGUGUUUGGUACCAAGUGGUGCAGUGAAUAGCGCUACAGUUGAAUUCGUAACGCACUCCGUACCCCUUAUUCGUUUUCUAUCGAGAUCACGUACAAGCCCGCCUGCGCCUGCCUGCGCAACGCAAGAAACACUUGCGCCGAAGUGUGGUGUGUGGUUUGCAUCUUCUGUGUGUGUACCGCUGUGGCCGUGUGAUUCGCGAUUUUUGUCCACCCCGGCCUGUGGGGGACCUCCGAUGAAAAGCUCCGAGCCAUGUGGAUGUGUUGCCGUGUUUCCCCCCGGCUCGUGUUUUGGGUUUUGGUGAGCUGAGCCACUAGCAGCUCUACUAUACCACCUGUUUUAGUCGACUUCAUCGAAAUAAGGCAAAACACAACAAACCCGUAAACCGCACCACUAACUACUACGAGUGGCCGCGCAUCUAACUGCGUGCGUGUUUUAAUGCAGGCCAACCCUUUCAAGACGUUUCUGCGGGUAACGUCGAGUGUUGUGGGUGCGAACAGUGUUGUACUUGUGUGGUGAAAAGCAGUGUGUGUGUGUGCGUUUUUGGUCGUCCACGUGAACGACGUUCCAAUUUGUGCGGUCGAUUCGCGUAAGCAUUUAGUCGUCGAUAAAAUCGAUACUGUCUCACGGGGCGCGUGAGACGAUUGCGAUUGCGGUGGCUUUUCUUUCGCCCGCUCAACACGCCAGACGCGUCGCUGAAUCGUGUGUGUGUGUUGGUGUGUUUGUGUAUGUGUGUGUGUGCACCGGACGACGACAGGUGAAGCAACACGCCGUUCAAUUUUGAACGGUGACUUAUGAAAACCUGCCUGCACCAACAGCAACAGAAUCCAGAGCAAAGAACGGCCACCAUAGCCCACAACCACGAACGCCCGAAGAGGCAAGAGCUGUCGAACGAAAGAAGAAAAAAAAAACACAUAACCGAUCGCACAAAGUGACGGAUUGAGGGUAGAAUUCGAUCCGGCGAUCGACGAUCUCCCGGGAAGCGGCAGAGUUUGUCUAGUGAGCGUCAACAUAUGGGCGGGUGGACGACGGCAGCGGCAAACGCGAAACAGAAUGGUCUGUCCGCGACCACCACUGCGCCGAGCAGCAAGAGCGCCACCACGAGCCCGGAUCGGUUGCGCGGCGCAACACACGACCUGUUCGAACUGCUCGAACGCGUCCAAAGCUCGCGUCUGGAUGACCAGCGCUGCGUACUACCAUCGUACUUCACACAGGUGCGUACCGUGAGCACGGGCACAAAAACUCGAAUGGUUUGCAUUAAUACGCGCAGCGCCGACGAGCGGAUCGCGAACCCGCACAGCGCCAAUGAGUCGACAAACAACCUUACCGUACAAAUGCCCCAGUCGAUAGGUGGUGGCAACACGCGAUCACUGCUGCGCCACUCGAACAGCAUGUCGUCGAAUCCGCACUCGAACUCGAACUCGACACCGGCCUCACCGCACCUGCUGUCGAACAGCUCGAGCGUCCAUCUGCACCACAGCACCGGUGGCAACGGCAGCCUGCACCACCAUCAGCAACAGCACCCACAGUAUCAGUCGCAGUCCUCGGUCAGCUCGCAGUCGUCCUCGAUCAUCUCGACCGUGCCGCCGGUACAGCGGCUGCUAGAGGACGCGCUCAGCAAACCGGCCCCCCAUCCAAUGAUUGUCGUGCCGAACAGUGGCGGCUACUGGGUGGACGGUACGGAUCAUGACGCUUCGUAUGAGGUGCCGGCCCAUACGACCUGGCGCGUGGGAAAGAUCGAAUCGGACGACACGGCCAAAUGCUAUCGGCGGUUCUUUAUCGCGCGCGAACACUCCAACCUGGUCGGGCACGAUGAGCAGCUCGGUCCGGUGCUGCUGUCGAUCAAGUCGGAAAAUGUCGCGAACCAGGAACACAUCCGGAUACUGUUGCGGCUGCGUACCGGGACGAUGCACGAGCUGAUACCGGCCUCGUGUUUGGGCAGCAGUCCGUCCCCGAUCAAGAUGGCACGGUUGCUGAACGAACAGAUCAACGUCGAUACGGUGACGCCGGUGGUGUGCCCGAAAGCGUCCGCACUGAUCGCCAGCUACGAUGAGCAUGUGCUCGUGACGAACUUUAAGUUCGGCGUACUGUACCAACGGUUUGGCCAGACGACGGAGGAGGAACUGUUCUGUAACAGUGAAACGACCCCAGCGUUCGACGAGUUCCUGGACGUGCUAGGGCAACGGAUCCGACUGCGCGAUCAUAAGGGUUACCGCGGUGGACUUGACAUCCAGAACGGUCACACCGGUGAUACGGCCGUGUACGACGUGUUCAAGGAGCGUGAGAUCAUGUUCCACGUCUCGACACUGCUCCCGUACACCGAGGCCGAUCCACAGCAGCUCCAGCGCAAACGGCACAUCGGCAACGACAUCGUGGCGAUCGUGUUCCAGGAGGAGAACACACCCUUCUCACCGGCGAUGAUCGCGAGCCAUUUCCUGCACGCGUUCAUCGUGGUACAACCGAUCGAACCGAACACGCCCAACUGUCGGUACAAGAUAUCGGUCACGGCACGGGACGAUGUGCCGUUCUUCGGCCCGACGCUACCCCAACCGUCCGUCUUCAAGAAGGGUCCCGAGCUGAAGGAGUUCCUGCUGACGAAGUUGAUUAACGCGGAGAAUGCGUGCUACAAGGCGGAUAAGUUUGCACAGCUUGAGCUGCGUACCCGCUCCUCGCUGUUGCAGAAUCUCGUCGAUGAGCUGAAGGAGAAGACACGCGAUUUUCUCGGUGUGGAUGUGGUCGGUGGACCGGGCGGUGUGCCCACAUCGCCAACUCCGGAAACACCCAAAUCGGAGGGUGGCUUUACCGGUUCUCGGUUUAUCGAUACGGUAAAGAAGGCACUAAACGCAAGGUUACGAUCGCAGAAUUCGGAUCCAACGAAUAAUGGUAGUGCGGGUGCGGGUAGUGUCGAUGCCGGCAGCAAACAUCACAACUCGAUGAAAAAGUCCAAGGACGGUUCCAGCCUCGUGUCGGAUAUGCCAUGCGGUCCUGGAGGAGCUGUCAAUAUUGGACGAUCACUGUCAAAGAGCAGUACAACCGGGUCGCGCAAAUCACCCAACGAUUCGGUUGCAUCCUCGCCGGACAUCACCUCCCGAUGCUCCCUCAACCCGACCCUCACGAACAACAACAAUAGCAACGCCCCGAACAACAACAACAACAAUACGAUCGGAAAGAACCACGCGAACAGCAACACGAACAGCAAUGGCGCCGGUAACGCCAAUGCGGCUGGCAACAACAAUAAUGGCCCGGUGGCCAUGUCCGAAACCAGUGACGAUUCCAGCCUCAACAGCGUUGAUCUCGAUCCGAUGGUUUUUCUCCCAACGGUAGAUGCUGGCGCGACGUACAUCGACAGCGAUACGGGCCUGGAAUCGAUGUCUUCGGCCGAUGCCACCACCAAGGCCUGCUCGCUCUGUCUGGACGGUACGGGCUCGACGAACGGCGGUGGUAGUGUGGUGAGUGUAAGCAUUAGCGGUGCAAGCGUUACGAUCGACGGAGGCAACGCACGGGAACUGCGGAACAGUGGGGGCAGUGCUAGCUCCGGAACGGGAUCGACGGCGAGCGCGGGGGCGCAGGGUCAGAGCGGUGUGCUGGUGCAGGAAACGCUCCAGCAGGUGGAAGGUAUGCGGCAAGAGAUAACGCGCCUGAAAUGUGAUAAAUUGGAUCUCCUUCGGCAGAAUGUGACCUGCCAACGUGACAUCAAGCGUCUACGUGAACGUGAAUUAUCGCUACAGGGUGACCUGGCUGCCGCCGGCAAGGAGAUCCUCCGGUUGCGCGAUCUCCUGAAGGAAUGCUUACCGACCGCCGUAGCCGAUCCGAUCUAAAUCGCAGGAACGGAAGGAUUCGCAAGCAGAAGUGUGCGGAACGACAACCGAUCGAGUGUUAGUCUUUUAGUUUCCUUACCGCUUAAGAAGCCGUUUCGCUCGUGUACAGUGUGUAUGGUUUGUUUUGUUUGUUCUACAAUAUUUUGUUACUUUUCUUUAUCUAUGCGCGCGAGUACUCCCCUUAAGUAGCUAGGGUUAUACACGUUGAUCCGUGUAAUGAUUCUGCUGCGAAUUGAAUCUUCUCGUUGCGACCGAAAAGGAAAAUCGACCCGCCCCGGGGGGGCAUUCGUGUGUUCUAUAUUUAUUUCUUCAGUCUGUACUGUUAGAGGAGCUCAUUUUCUUUCCACGGUCGAUAGGUCGGCGAUCUUGAGACCCCGCGAUCGUGUAUAGGUGUGAAUAGGUUUUGGAGCAGUAGGUGGAACGAAAACGAAAGUAUUUACUUCAUAGUUUAGUAAGCAGGAUAUAGAGAUAGCGAUGAGGUGGUAUGAACAGCUCGCCUCCCUCACGAGACCUAUGUACAUAAUGAUGAGAUGUCGCCUUUUUUUCUCACUGCACUCCAGUGCAUUACGAUAGGACCACUCACGCCCACUCGCCUGUUUCGGUGUCCAUGUUUCAAACUCAUCAUGAGUCUGCAAAGACCCAGGUAGUAACGCGCUGCUGUGUGGUGUAUGUGUCAAUUACCAUUUAGAAAUAACCAGCAGAGCAGGCGAAAGGGGGGUGCAUCAGGAUCGGAGGCACAAUAUUUGCUAAAGAGAUAAAACCAAAUAAUCAAACAGAUAAUAUGAUAACUCUAUGCUGAUCGUUUAGGGUAGUUGCGAGGGGAGAGAGAGAUAAAUAAGUAAAAAAAAGGGAAGGAAUGCGACUUUAAGCAACUUAACACACACACUAUGUUUUCAUGUGCAAUAAUGCAAUCUUACAAACAGGUAGACAAGCUGUUGGUUUGUUUACCUGUUCUGAUAGAUAAGUUUAAGCCGCUAAACGUAAGGUGCGUAUCCUUGCGGGUUAGCAGUAGAGUUAGAAGCACAGACGGUAUGGCGUGUGGUAGGAACAGUUGCGCAAAUUUGAGGUAUUGAAAUUCUAUUCCCUAGCCGUGCAGGUCCCUAAUUCUCAAGACGCGGCACUAAAGGUACCUAGAACCUCGAAUGGAGUCCUCAGAUAUCGAGUGCUGCGUGCGUCUUUCAGGAUAUUAUCCUACCAUGGUUCUGAGGUCCUUGGACCGAUAACUUCCAGCAAAUCGGGAAAAAACGAUAAUCUUGUAGAUGGGGAUAUCAACAACAUCCAACACUCUCUUGUGACGAUCGUCUUUCAAGUUCAAAUGUUCGGACUUUUUCGCAAUUUUUCCCCUAACCACACGCUUGUACCGGUAGUAGAAGUAGUGAUGUGUAGAACUAGUAAUCUGGCCAGAGGAAACACAACGUGUGUGUGAGUGUGUUGCAAAGAAAAACAGGUUCUCUUAAAACGGGUUCACUUUGGACAGAAGAGAGACAGCAGGAAGAAUGAGCUUUAGGAGCUGUGGACUGAUCAUACACAAACCGUAAAGGGAGAAGCGAUCGAUCUUCUUCGACUUACUACUUCAAGCCUACUCGUAAGCUAUUAAACAGCGUAGAAGCUGCUUCCCACCCUGCUUGGGACCCCGAGUGCAUCUCUUCGCGCUAAGUUUUUCUUUCGUAAGUUUAGUAGCAUAGUGCGGAAAACACAACCAACUCCACCCGCUCCCCCCAGUUUUUGAUGGCGCAAACCGCCGUCGCCGGGUGUGUGUGUGUGUGUUUUUUAAUGAAAGGAUAAGAAUUUUUCGACUUUACAAUCCUUUUUGCUCGGACAUCCGGCUUCACCACCCGAAUCGGACACACGAAUGAUAGUAUUUUCCAAUGGAUGUAGAGAAAAGAAGUGAAAAACUAAAACACAAAUCAAAACCUCAACUGCCUUUCUGAAACGUAUUUAUCCCACACUCACACUCGCCAACUCGCGGUGUGUUUGUUGGAGCAACGUAUGUGUACUAAAAAACGAAACGGGGGAAAAACUGCUGACUAGUAGCUGAAGUAGAAAAAUUAGGACAAAAAUUUAUCCCACGUUUUUUUUUUUUGUUUGUUUGUUUUGUGAACUUUAAUAUUAGUAGUGGUAGUAGUAGUAGUAGUCGUGAAUAAGUGCAAUCGCGGGUGGGAGCUAAAACGACCAUUUUUACGACCCUUUAGACGAACGCAACCCCCCCCUAUUCAUAACCAACGGACAGACCGACAGGACAGACAAAACUUAGAUGGUAAGAGGAUGGCGUUAGCUUUUAGUUGUUUUAUCCACUCCACCAACAACUCGUUCUUCCUUCCCCCUUACCCCUCCCGGGAAGAUAUACUUAGAUCCCCCCGCCGUCACCUCCGUAACGUCCCGGCGGACGAAGGAAGCGGGGAGAGAUCUAUGGCCAGAAGCAAAACAAAAAAGUAAAGUUAAAUCGAUACCAAAGUUAACAACAUUCCCAAAAGAUACCAAGCAUAACUAGCUAAACUGGCGCUCUUCGUUUUUUUACGUGCUCUUGAAAUUGGAACUUUCUUCUCUCUCUUUUUUUCUUUAAAUAAGAAAAUAGUAUGUGGAAUGCUGAUGGGUCAUGCGACACUUUACACGGCACGACCCGGAGUCGAGUUCGUUCGGGAACGAUUCCGGGUCGCUUACCGAUGGCUAACAUUUUAUUUGGAAAAAAAAAUUUCCGGAGGAGUCCUCGUCUCGAUACUCUGUGCUCUGUGCAAUCACUCUUGUGAUCCUUGCCCUGGGGGCGCGUGCCACAUACAGGCGCCCUUCUUCUUCUGCCUAGGUGUUUGUGGAAAUGCAUGUUCAUGUGUGUGUACGUGUUUGUCUGUGUGUGUGUGUGUCAGAAAAAUCAGUAUUUGUCGCUUUAGAAAUCACACACGACGCAGAAUUUAAAAAAAAUCACUCACACACAUACAGAGGCUUAUCAGUGUUAAAUGGGUAAUAGAAUGUCCUUAGCAAAGGAUGAACACACCAA